CAGCGCCUGCAAUGUGUUGGAAGGACACCAUGACAAGUCCGUGGCUCUUUCUCCUCCUUGGGCUAGCAUCUCUCUCUUUCUCUCCAGCGGAAGGGACCAUCAGCCCAACGGAGAAGAAACCCAAGAAAGACAAAUCCUCCCAAAUCAGAGAAGAGGAUCACGUUUUGGUCCUGCAAAAGAGCAACUUUGAGAAGGCCCUGAAUGAAUCAAAGUACCUGCUGGUGGAGUUCUACAUUGCUUUGUCGGGGCCUUCUCAGAGUUUGGUUACGGAAUUUGCUAAAGCGGCGGAACAGCUUAAGAACGAAGCCGUGGAGAUCCGAUUUGGCAAAGUGGACGUGGCAGAGCAGAAGGACUUGAAAAAGGAAUUCGACAUCCAGGAAUAUCCCACCCUGAAGUUUUUUGUAGAUGGCGACAGGAAGAAUCCCAUUGACUGCAAAGGAGUUCGGGAAGCCUCUGCUUUUGUCACAUGGGUUAGAAGAAGAAUAGGACCCAGCGCCAUACUUAUGAAUAGUACAGACCAGGUCAGAACCUUCAUAGGCCUUGGAGACUUGGUAGUGAUUGGCUUUUUUAAGAGACUUCAAGGUGGACCAGUGGAGGUUUUCUAUGAUUCUUCAAGAGAUGUCCCAGAACUCCCUUUUGCGGUAACAGCCAGUGAAGAGGUUUUCACUAACUUUGGCAUCAGAGAAGACAUGGUUGUUAUAUUCCAAAAGGGAAAGCCUGUUCACAGUGAAGCAUCCGAAGAUGGCAAACUGAAUGAAGUGGAGCUCACCCGAUUAAUCAAAACAUUCACCAUGGAUUUAGUCACGGAGUAUAACCUCGAGACAUCUGUGAAGAUUUUCGACAUACCGGUUGAAAACCAUAUCGUUCUGUUCAUGCCCAAGAGCUCGGGGGCGUUUGGCGAGGCUUACAAAAAUUUUACAUCUGCUGCUGUGGAAUUCAGAGGGAAGAUCAUGUUCAUCUUUGUGGAUACUGACGAAGCCAGAAACGGCCGUGUGAUUGAGUACUUCCGUGUCGCUGAGGUGGAAGUCCCUGCCGUACAAAUCCUAAACCUGACGAGUGACGCCAGGUACAAGAUGCCGGCGGAUGACGUGACCACGGGGAAUCUACGAGGCUUCUGCCAGAGCUACUUAGAAGGAAAAGCAAAGCAACAUCAGGCCAGCGAGGAAAUCCAAGAAGGCUGGGAUAAGAAGCCCGUCAAAGUACUCGUUGGGAAGAAUUUUGACAGGGUUGCCUUUAAUAAGAAGAACCAUGUAUUUGUAAUGUUUUAUGCACCUUGGUCUCAUGACUGCCAGAAACUCUUACCGGUUUGGGAUGAGCUUGGCAAGAUGUUUGAAAGCCGCAAAAAAGUAGUCAUUGCCAAAAUAGACUUCACGGCAAACGACGUCCUGUUAGCCGGCUUGGAACGCUACCCAUUCUUCAGGCUGUUUCCUGCGGGAUCUGAAACUGAGGUUGUCCCAUACAAAGGGGAACACUCACUCAACGCUUUUGUGACAUUCUUAGAAGAACAAAUUCGGGCAAGAAAAAAGGACUCAUCAAAGGCCAAAAAAGAAGACCCCAUGAAAGAAGAGGAAAAAAUCACACCAAAGGAGGAACUUUAGGGUGGUUUUCUGUGUGUGUGUGUGUGUGUUUACCAAGGAAGACGAAAGCUAGUUUUUCAAGAAUGGUUGAGCAGUGUACAAGAAUUUUAAUUGGAUUGUGAGAAUCUAGGAAGGCAUUGGGGGGGAAAUCAAAAUAAAGAAAAAGCAAGCAAA